AUAUAUCUGUAUUAAGCAUACAUAUAUAUAUAUAUGACACUUCUAUAUGCAUAGAUCUGUAUUAAGCUAUGUAAGCCCUAGCGACUGUACAUAUAUAUAUAUAUAUUCUAUAUGCAUAGAUCUGUAUGAAAUCUUCUAUAUAUUUAGGAUGAUUUUCUGUAGAAACUUUCUAGUUGUUUUGUGCUUCAUUGAAUCGUUGGUCUGAUAUUCUGAUUGUACAAGUUGCUGAAGAACUUGUGGCUUAAUAGUAUAUAAAGAUGGUUACAAUUUCUUAGGUUGAAUAGAUGGAAUAUUAUACACUUGUGUAAACAAUUGAAGCAUUUGAAGAUAUAUUCAGAACUUGUGGCUUAAUAGUAUAUAAAGAUUGUUUUGAAUGUGCAAGAUAUCUGUUCAUUAACCGUACAAAUUACAAUUUCAUAGGUUGCAUAGAUCGAAUAUUAUACACUUGUGUAAACAACUAAAGCAUUUGAAGAUAGAAUUCACAACUUUAGAGAUGAAAUUAUCAUCUACAUAAUUGAAGAAUUUAGUAGUUGAUCUUAAAUGAUCAAACAGUUAAUAUGUUUUGCGUUCUUGAGCAUCCUUUAUUUGUGUGGAAUUGGUGAGGAAGACUGUAUUUUAUUGACCCUGUUUGCAUUUGGGAGUUUUGAUGUGAAUGUGUUAUGAAUAGUUAUCCAAGAGUAGAGUGGUAUUCUAUUGUCUAGUCUUAUGGAAUUCUAUGAUAGUUUUAUGGACUAUGUUGUUCUGCCGGCACAGACAGAUAAGUGGCAACAAAUUGGUCCAACUUUUAUAGAGAUGUUUGUAAUUAUGUAUAAAGUAGCCAUCCCUUCUCUGCAAUAGUAGCUCAUAUCUUGAGAGAUGGUGUUAAUUGUGAUGAACAUUUGCUAGAAUUUUUCUGAUUCACAAUAGGAGUACCCCCUUAACUCAUCUUUGGGGACUUUGUUGAGCAUGACUACUUUGUGGACUUAAUAAUCAAGUGCGAGUUAUUCUUUUUGGUAUUGAAUUGACAGUAGAAAUUAGAUAUUUUUGUGCAUGUAUUCAUUCUUUGGUCAACCCUUGAGGAAGACUACCAACUAGGGGGUAAAAUGACUGUAUGGGAAACAGAAACUAUUAAUAGUUUUAGUUUUUUACUAUAUUCAGGUGCUACAGAAACUAUUAACCAUAAUAUUUUCAGAUGCUUCUGUUGGAAACCAUAUUAUGCAACUUGUUAUAUUUAUAAGCUUGUGUGAAGUGGCUCUGAAGUAGGUUGGGUUCACAGGAAAUAUAAGGAUAACACUAUUGUUGUUUAACUGAUUCUGGAUUUCACAGUUAGUGUAUGCCAUAUUUGGAACAAAUAAAUCACAGAGCUACGAAUAGUACUAGUAAUGAAAAAAUGUUGUUCAAGUGAUAUUGGCUAUGACAGCUUCUGCCAUCUUUGGAACAAAUAAAUUGCAAAGUUAUGAAUAAUAGUAGUAAUAAAAGCUCCAGGGUGCUUACUUAAUAAAAAAAUAAAAAAUAAAAAAUAAAAAUAAAUAAAUAAAUAAAAGCUCCAGGGUGCUUUACAGGAUUAAGGAGGAAGUCCGAACUAGAUGGUCAUCAUGAUCAAAAGUAGGAAAUAGGUUUUAGUUAGAAACUACUUAUGACUUGGUUUAGAAUGUAGUUUAUGUUGACUUUGGAGAUAGUUGUCAUCGUUUCUUCAGUUCAUUGUUGGUUGCCAAUGUAGCUUUAUUGGAGAUAUGUAUAUCGAUGUUUGUCUUUUAUUGUCCAGAUGUGCUAUUUGUUUUUUCUAUAGGAUGUGCUCUCUUCUGCUUUAUACUUAUAUAUAUUUUAUGUUUAUUUUCUUCAUUGUCGUUACCUACCAAAAGAAAAAGAACAUUUAGAAAAAAGAAAAAGGAAGAGAAAGUUCUAAAACUUGAAGUAAGUGCAUUCGACGAUAAUUGAUUAGAUUUCAACAACCAUCAGACUGAACUGUGGUACUUUAUUGUUAAUUUUCUCUUCCUAUUCCCAUUUUGGUGUUUUUAUAUCUCCAACCAUUAAUCUUUAUUGUUUAUAAUUUAUUUCUAUUAUUCAAGUUACACAUGACUUUCGACGUUAGAAGCUCUGUUAAACUCAUACAGUGUACAAAGAAGGAUCUGUUUUCCCAUUGCUACACGAUGAAUUUAAGUUUUGAGGUUCUUCCACAGGCAAACUAGUCAGAAAAUGGCUGAAAAAGGCUACAUUCGAGUCAGCUCAAAAACUUCAGAUUUCCUUUGGUGUUGGUCCUGCUUGACCUGAUAAAUGGACUCUAAGUAUCAGCUGAUUGAGAAGAUUGGAGAAGGCGGAUUUGGUGUGGUUUACAAGUGCCGUGAACACGCGACCAAUAAAACUGUAGCUAUGAAGAGGAUUAUCUUUAUAGAUCAAGAUGAAGGUGUCCCCAGUUCAGUAAUAAGAGAAAUCUCACUUUUGCAGGAACUGAAUCAUGGCAAUAUAAUCAGGUUACUUGAGGUAAUAAACAAUUGGGCUGGCGUGGAUCUCAUUUUUGAGUAUCUGGACCUUGAUCUAUCAAAGUUCAUUGCAUCUUAUCCUGAGGUUGUAAAGGAUCGACAAAAAAUAAAGGGUUUUCUCUCUCAGAUUCUCUGUGGUGUUGCUUAUUGUCAUUCUCAUAAAAUACUCCAUCGGGAUUUGAAACCUGAGAAUUUGCUGAUUGAUGGCAACAACAGCGCAGUGAAGAUUGCUGACUUUGGAUUGGCCAGGGCAUUUGGUGUUCCUCUUAGGAACUACACCGGCAAGGUUGCAACUUUAGCAUACAAGGCACCCGAACUCCUGCUUGGUGCCAAUUACUCCACUCCGGUUGAUAUGUGGUCUGUGGGGUGUAUAUUUGCUGAGAUGGUGACUGGUCAGCCUCUGUUCCAAGCACAAUCUGAAUUUAAUGUAUUGAUGGAAAUAUUCAGAAUGUUUGGUGUGCCAACUGAAGCAACCUGGCCUGGAGUGACUUCAUUAUAUGUCUACAUUACUAAAAUGAUUGCGUUCCCCACUAUUGUCACACGAAACCUUGCAACCGAGGCCGCUGGAGUUGGAGCUGUUGGAUUGGAUCUUCUUUCUAAAAUGCUGAUCUUGGAUCCAAGUAGAAGGAUUACUGCUUCUGAUGCACUCCAGCAUGCAUACUUCCGUAAUUGAGCUCCGAAUGGUUGGAUAGUUCGUUCAUCCAUGUACUCUCUGCAUCUAUCGAACUCAAUUCUUCUUUUCCGCUUCACUAACAAAACUGUGUACAUAACUUGCACUCGUUACUACUGUUCUACUGAAACUAUUACGAUAACAAGGUCUUGAAUCUCACCAAAAAUUAGGUGAAAUAUGAUUUCUCUUGUUUGGUUGUGUGGAAAUAUUAUGAAACCAGAGGUGGAGGGUAUUGCUUCUAAUUCUUGGAUUCGGCCUUUAGAUCUUUUUUUUUUUGCCGCAAAUUUACCGAGCCAUAGUCAUCUUCAAUGUGCUUUGUAGUGCAAAGCCAGUCUCUCCCUGAUAUUUGCCUCUGUGGAUCUGUUCGUUAUUAUUCCCAGGUAAAUGGACAUGAAUGAGAGACUACUACUUUGUGCCUUCAUCUA